ACAUUGCAUCCAGCAGGGGGCGCGGCGCAGGGGCUUCUGGGAGUUGUAGUCUCCAGGGUGAUAGUCACCAGGAAGUAGAGAGCUGUGUGUGAGCAAUGCAUGCUGGGAGGAGGCUGUCAUCCUGAGCUCUGGGCUGCUCUCAGCACUUAACCCCUUGGGUACCUUAUCUGGGGCUCCUGCCCACCCUGUGCCCCUCAGCAGAUGUCACUGGGCAUACUGCUGACACUCUACAGCAGCCCUGCCUGGCCACCAUGUACCCUGGGAAGGUCCCGGUGUCCUUUGAUGAGGUGGCGGUGUAUUUCUCAGUGGAUGAAUGGUGCCAUCUAGAGGAGUGGCAGAAAGAGCUCUACAAGCAGGUCAUUCAGGAGAACCUGGAAGCUGUGCUGUCAUUGGAAGAUAUCUACCAGCCAUGCAUUCUAGUAGAAGAGCCCACGUCCACAGACUCCGUAACUUCGACAUGGAAGGAAUGUAAAGGAAGACAGCGUGUGGAGGAAGACACGAAGAAAGUGAGCAAUCGGUACAAGGCGUAUGCUCACGGUGUAUUGGGCGAGAUAGACCACAGGUGCUCUGAAUGCCAAGAAGACAUCGGAAUCUGGUCGCUCCUAAUUGACCACAAAAUAAAUCACCAGAGGAUGAAGCUACAAAGACAGUUCCAGUCGUACAUUAACCACUGGACGGACAACCCAAAUCUGCAAUUUACAGAUUACAAGCAAGGGAUGUUAUUUCAAGGCUGUAAACGCGAGGAGCAUUCCUUUACGGACCUGUUCCUCAGAUCCAAUAGGAUGGAUGGUCUGCACAGGGUUAGCGUAGAUGAGGGGACGCCUAGACAGAAAGAACAAUUCAGGGCACCGAACAAUUCCCAUGUGAGCUACAAAAUAUUGUCCAGUCCUGACAGCAAUAAAAGCUGUGACCAGGGGGGAACCACAGUAGGGACUCAAAAGACAGAUAAGGAUAGGAAUCUGUUACAAUGUUUGAAUUGUUCUAAACUAUUCACAGACUGCAAUCUCCUGAUUGAGCAUGAACGGACCCACGAGGAACACAAGUCCUUCACGUGCUCUGACUGUGGGAAAAGUUUCAUUCGGAAGUCCAUACUGAAGCUUCAUCGCAGGACUCACACAGGAGAGCGACCUUACCCUUGUACUGAGUGCGGGAAACAGUUCAGCCAGAGGUUCAACCUUGUGAUUCAUCAGCGGAUUCACACUGGGGAGAUGCCGUAUAAGUGUCCUACCUGUGACAAAUGCUUCCGCUACAAACCAGCUCUGGUCAGACAUGAGAGGGAAGCGAAGUGUGCGAGAGUCAUUCACAGAACACGCUCCGUGGGGAAGGCUAAAGCUUCACAACAGAUUCCUCAGAGUCUUGUUCCACCAGUGGUCAAACCGUCUACUAAUAAACCGCAAUCUUUCUCAUGUUCUUCUAUAUGUCCUCCAUCAACCAUUAAGUCUCCGGCAUCUUCUUGCUCCACCGUCCAUCAUUUAUCAGGUAGUAAGCCUCCAGCAUCCUCUGCCUCCACCAUCCAUCAUAUAUCUGCUAUUAAGCCUUCUACAUCCUCUCCCUCCACCAUCCAUCAUUUAUCAGGUAGUAAGCCUCCAGCAACCUCUCCCUCCACCGUCCAUCAUUUACCUGGUAAUAAGCCUCCAGCAUCCUCUGCCUCCACCAUCCAUCAUAUAUCUGCUAUUAAGCCUCCUACAUCCUCUGCCUCCACCGUCCAUCAUUUGUCUGGUAUUAAACCUUCUACAUCCUCACCCUCCACCGUCCAUCAUUUAUCAGGUAAUAAGCCUCCAGCAUCCUCUCCCUCCACUGUCCAUCAUUUAUCAGCUAAUACGUCCCCAACAUCCUCACCCUCCACCGUCCAUCAUUUAUCAGCUAAUACGUCCCCAACAUCCUCACCCUCCACCGUCCAUCAUUUAUCCUGUAAUAAGCCUCCAGCAUCUUCUCCCUCCACCGUCCAUCGUUUAUCAAGUAUAAAGCCUUCCGCAUCCUCUCCCUCCAAUGUCCAUCAGUUAUCAGCUAAUAAGCCUCCAGCAACCUCUACCGUACAUUAUUUAUCAGGUAUUAAGCCUCCAGCAUCCUCACCCUCCUCUAUCAAUAAUGCAUUGGAAGUUAAACCGCUUGCAUCUUCUACAUUGUCACCAUCCCCAAUCUGUCAUCCUUCGUGUUUUAAAUCUUCAUCUUCAGCAGCUCCUGUCUAUCAUCCAUCUGAUUCUAAACCUCAGUCAUGUCCUAGCUUUGUAAACUGUCACUUGUCAGGGGCAAAAUCUCCUUUCCUCUUAAACUACUCCAUGUGUAAACUUCCCCCAUCAUCUACUUCUUUCAUCUGUCAUGAAUCAGGUGUUAAACCUCCCUUAACCUCACAAUCUCGUGUCUCUCAUCCAUCUGGUAUAAAACCUCACUCGGCCUCUCCUUCUUCCACAUACCACCCUCCAGGUAAAAAUUAUUAUUCAUCCACCUCUGCUUUGUCUGACCUGUCUCGGACUAAACCCCUCUCUCCCUCUACCCUAUGUCAUUUAUCAAACAUAAAACUUUCCUCAUCAGCAGCCAUUCAUCAUCCAUCGGUUACUACGGCCCUGUCAUCCGCCAUUGGCUAUGAGUGUAAUACAUCUGGUCUCAGCCAACCUCAGCCAUCUUCUUCCUCUGGCCAUCAUCUAUCACAUGGGAAAAAUUCCCCAUCAUUUAACUCUGACAAAUGUCUUGCAUCUGGUAGGACAUGUUCCUCAUCUUUUAACCCCAGUAGGCACCCAUCUAUAGUUAAAUCUCCCUCUUCCUUAUCUUCAUCCAUAGUUCAGAAAUCAGCUACGGAGUCUUUGCCUUCAUCAUCCAUCCAUGGUCAUCCACCUGGCAUUAAACUGCACUCACCUCUACCCAUCUCUAUCUGCCGUACUUCUGAUGAUAGAAGUUCCCCAUCCAGAUCCUCGUUGCUUUAUCAUAAAUCUUCUGCUAAAUCGUCUUCACCCUUACCAUCACCCAUCUGUCAUACUGCUGACAAGCCUCUCUCUCGAUUGCCCUCCUCCAUCCAUCAUAGAUCCAUGCCUUGUUUUCCUGUUCAACCACCAAUUGGUUCACACUCCUCUCUUUACCCUGCUUUGCCUUUACCAAUCAUGGCCAAUAAUUUGGCCAAGGACUUACCAAAACUAUCCCAACGAGUGAAAACCACAGCAGUAGAUGCAAAUACCAACGCAAAGACUUUCAUAGUGGACCGGGUGGCACAACCAGUUGAGAAACUGUUUCAGUGUAGUCAAUGCAAAAGAGCCUUCACUCACUGUAGUCAGCUGGCGGAACACCAAAAAUCCCAUUCCAGGCCACGGAACACUUGCUCAGAAUGCAAUAAGAGUUUCCUGAGGAAGUCCACUCUCAUUCUUCACAGAAGAACCCACACUGGAGAGAAGCCCUUUAGCUGCACAGAAUGUGGGAAGAGCUUUAGCCAACGCUUCAAUCUUGUGGUUCACCAGCGCAUACACACGGGGGAGAGGCCAUACACCUGUAAUGCGUGUACCAGGUCCUUCCGUUACAGAACAGGGCUCCUUAGCCACCAGAGACAUGCUCUGUGCCUGAAAAAACAAUCAGGGGAAAACUGUUCUCUAGUUAAAACCAACGUUAAAAUGCCAACCUCAAGAAUAAAGAAAUAUCUUAAAGCGACGCCUAUUUCUCAAGAUUCUGCUUAUUUUACUUGUUCUGAAUCUUCUGAUUUACCCCAAAUUGAGGCGCAGCACCCAUUGUUGGGAGCUCCCCAAAGUGUCCCAUGUAGGACGUCUUUCCCACAACCACCAUCCUUUAGUGGACUUCAGCAGGUGAAGAAAGCGCCUCAUCCCAUUUAUGGGAACUCCACCAACAAGAAGUCAACAUUCGCUGCCUCCUAUAAAGUCCAUACUAGGGCCAAGCUAGCUGCAAAAAGGCCCAGUGGCGGAAUCGAUGGAGUUCCAUCUGUUGCACCUUCCGUCAUGUCUGAGAGCCCAGGUUCUCUUCAAGGUCCUCACUACGUCAUGUCCUCUGCACCUAGCCCAGCCACUCCCAUCGCUCACACUCUCAGGAGACCAAACACCAGGGAACUCAGGGGAACAGAAAUAAACAGGACUGGGGUAAAGCGCUCUGCUUGUGCCUUCAGCAACCAGACACUGGUGGGCCAGAGGCCAGGAACAGAGAAGGCCCGAUUCAGAUGCGAUUACUGUAAAAGACGUUUCUCCCAAAUGGACCAGUUCAGGGAACACCAGAAGACACACACCAUGGCCCGGCAUACAUGUUCCGAGUGCGGCAAGGCCUUCAGCAAGGCUUCACAGCUGGUUGUGCACCAGAGAACACACAGUGGGGAGAAGCCAUAUGCCUGCGGUAAAUGUGGCAAACCGUUUAGCCAGAAGUUUAAUCUCAUUGUCCACCAGAGAAUACACACGGGGGAAAAGCCUUUUAGCUGUAAACAUUGCAACAAAGCGUUCCGGUACCGCGCCGGUCUUCUUAAUCACCAGAAAGAUGACCUGUGUUUGCGGCAGGGCAUAUUCUGGCAGCCAGCAGGAAGCAACCAGUCAUGUGACAGAGAGACAGGAGAGUAUAGGAGUGAGCACUGGCUCAAGGAUUUGCUGGGGAUUCUUCUAUGGCACGGCUGGCUCUCCCUCCUGACCUGGCGGCGUCGCCCCUGGAUCUGCGCUGCCUCUAGCCUCAGGAUUGGUGUCUCCUACAAGCGGUUAAUGAUGUUCAGCUCAGCGCUGGGGACUGUCCCCGUGUCCUUUGAUGAGGUGGCGGUGUAUUUCUCAGAGGACGAAUGGUGCCAUAUGGAGGAGUGGCAGAAAGAGCUCUACAAGCAAGUCAUGCAGGAGAACCUGGACACUGUGCUCUCAUUGGGGUACCAGUAUCGCCAGGCCUCUCCUCCACGAAGGCUCUUUACUGGAGAUGACACGUGUAUCAUGCAUUAUACGGCAGCCCAAUUGGAACUGGAACUACAUGGUGGUGCAGAAAAGUGGACAUGGAAAGAGGAAGCCCGAAGAGACCAAACACUCCAUAACGUUCCUUACAGCUGUCCGGAAUGUCCAAUGAAUGGAGACGUCACAUGUAAACAUAGGAAGCCCCCGCUGAGUAGGAAGGCUCACCCCUGUGUUCAGUGUAAGAAGGUGUUUGGCAGCUGGUCCCACCUCGCAGCCCACAAGCAGAGCCAUGAUCAGGAGAAGGUGCAGGAUAGACGCACAGGUGAUGUGGGGAAGCAGCAGGUUGCCGUGGUUGCCCCACAGCCCGUUCACCCCACGGGUAAAUUAUUUAAGUGUAAUAACUGUGAUAAAACCUUUAGUAACCUAUCGGUCCUGUCUCUGCACCAAAGGACACACACCGGUGAGAGGCCCUUCAAAUGCUUCGAAUGUGGGAAGAGCUUCAUGAAAAGGUCCCAGCUGGUUGUCCACAAGAAGUGUCACAUAGAGGAAAGGCCAUUCAAGUGCGCGAUGUGUGAGAAGAGUUACAACCAACAAUCCAAGCUUAUUGAGCACCACAGGACGCACACAGGGGAAAAACCAUUCAAGUGCACGGAGUGUGGGAAAAGCUUCACCAAGAGGUCCCACCUAACGGAGCAUUUGAGGAUCCACACCGGGAAUAAGCCACAUAAGUGCGACCAGUGCGAUAAGGCGUUCCACUACCCAUCAAAUCUGGUGGAACACCAGAGAACCCACAGCGGAGACAGGCCAUUCCAGUGUACGGAGUGCGAGAAGAAGUUCAUUAAAAUGUCCAAACUGAUUGUCCACCUCCGCAUUCACACCGGGGAAAAGCCGUAUAAAUGCACGGAGUGCGACAAGAGCUUCAGCCAGCAGUCCAACCUAGUGGUUCACCUAAGGACUCAUACUGGAGAGAGGCCCUUCCAAUGCAGUGACUGUGAGAAGAGCUUUAGUUACCACUAUGCUCUUGUAGUCCACCAGAGAACGCACACGGGAGAGAAGCCUUACAACUGCUCCCUGUGCAGUAAAGCCUUCAGUCAGCAGUCUAAUCUUAAACUCCAUCUGAAAAUCCAUGAUCCACAACCACAAAUGGACCUAGAUAUGGACAAGAACACAUCGCAGGAGGAGAUACCACCAUUAGACCUUAGAACGACCCAUGGUGAUGCUCUGUCUGACAGUACAGAGUGUAGGCUUCUGACUGUGGUGCCACCGACAGCCAAUAUCGUGGCUGGUCCAGAUAUCAUGGAGGAGGGUGAGGACGCUUGCCUACCUUGGUCCCCAUUGAGUCAGUAUUUAGGAGCCCUCCUGCCACCGGACAAGCAGUAUUCCUGCCACGAGUGCGACAAAUGCUUCCUGGAGAAGUCUAAGCUUGUUGUCCACCUGAGGACACACACUGGGGAGCGGCCCUUCAAGUGCUACCAAUGUGACAAGACCUUCAUCCAAUGGUCCCAUCUGACGGAGCACAGGAAAACGCACACGGGAGACAGGCCGUACACCUGCACCGAGUGCGGGAAGUGCUUUAUCAAAAUGUCCAAACUGACCGUCCAUCGCAGAACACACACCGGAGAGCGUCCCUACACAUGUGGCGAAUGCGGCAAACAGUUCAGUCAGCAAUCUAACCUGGUGGUUCACCAGCGGAUUCAUACCGGAGAAAGGCCCUUUAAGUGCACGGUGUGUGACAAGACUUUUCGCUACCAGUCGGCUCUUAUUAAACACCGGUGGAACCACACGUAGACAGACGUAGACAUCCCGCUGAGAUCAGACACUGUUACAUGUUCCAGGACUUAUAUCUAAAUGUACCGUAAGGCGCGCUGAAGAGGUAUACAUAAUAAACCCGUGUACCAAAUGUA